AUGAAAACUUACGAGAUUAUCAUUACAACAGGGAAUUGCUUAUCAUUAUGUGGAGCCUUAGUGAUAUUUUUCUUAUUUUUUCAUUUUGAAAAAUUACGUCAAGGAUUUUUCUCACAUACGAUUAUUUAUAUUACGAUAGGAUCAUUGAUUCAAAUUAUAGGUAUUCAAUUAUCAUCCAGUUAUGGAAUUACGAAUUGCAAAGUAUCAGUAAGUGUUUUAAUUUGUGGUUCAUUGAUAAUGAUAUUUUGGAGUACUAUAAUGAUUUGGGCAUUAAAGUAGAAUUCAUAUUCUAUACUAGAAAACUAUUUAAUGUAUAUUCAAAUAAGGGAACUCUAUAAGAAUUAGAAAGCAUGCAUAAUUAAUUGAGAAACAAUGAAUUUAAACUGAUAAUAUGUUCUUUUGGGAUACCAAUCCUCCUAGCUAUAUGGCCAGCAGUCUUGGAUGGAGCUACAUCUGAAUAGUCGACAAAUAAUUUUUGUUAUCUUUAUACAACUUCUUAUCAAUCUCCUGGAGUAAAGAUCUAAGUUGAAAUUGCUAAGUUAAUAUCAUGGGAAAUCCCAAUUAUAUUUUAUCUCAUCUACAGUUUAACUGUUCUUUAUAAUAUUAAGAAAUUGUAAAGCAUUCCAUAAAAUAAUAAUCUAGUUAUGAAGAAAAUAUUGAUGAAAUUAUUUUUGUUGAAGUCAAAAAAAUAGUUAAACGAUUACUAGCUUAUCCAAUUAUCACAAUCCUUUGUUCUCUUCUAUUCACUAUUAUGGACUUAGAAACUUUCUUUAAUGUUGAAGUAUAUAAACUUCUAUUCUAAGAUAAGAGGAAUAUAAAGUACAAUAAGUUGGACUAUGCUAUCCUUAUGGGAAUUCUUUAAUUUCUUUGCUUAUAUCUCAUAAAGUAGUGUCCAAGAGGAAGUUUUCAGAAGAGAUUCUAAAGAAUAAGAAUGUAUUUUAGAUGAACAAUCUUAGUUUAGUGAAUCCCUUGAUCCCAUAAGAUCUAGAAGAAAGUAUAAACGAAAGAGACUACUUUUAUUAAAUUAACUCUAAUAUGCAAGAAUCUGGCUAAUAAAAUAAUUGAUUAUAAUAAUAUAAAAAAUGAGUGUUCGAAGAGUAUAAUCAGCAGUAGCCUCUAGUAAGUAGACCACAGCAGUGAUUCCUCUGUCUGAGUUGAAGAGAAUGCAAGACCAUAUAACAGUAUAUCAUUAAGAUACUCCAGAGAAAUUUGAAUUGUAUUAAUAACUGUUCAUAAAAGACAUAAAUUAUCAUAGGAUCGUGUAAAGAAUUGGAAUAAUACAUUAAAAUAGAAUAAGGUUUAGAAGGAUAGAACAAAGUAUUCAAUUACUAAAUUUCAUUUUAGAUUUGAACGUUUCAAGUAAGAUGAAGAAGAAAGGAGAAAAAUAGAUGAAGAUGAGCGUCGAUAUUAAGCACUUGUUAAAUAACAAAUUUUAGAAAAAGCUAAUAAAUAAAUUUAUGAGAAUAAUGAACGUAUUAGACAGUUUCAAUCUAAAAUGCUUGUUGUAGAUGCAAUUUAAGAAAGAGAAGGAUAAAAAUAAAUUAAAGAAAUGUAGAAACAUUUAGAAAAAGAAAGAGAAAAAGUCUAAUAUGAAUAAAUGUUAGAAAUAUAGGCUGAAAAAGAUUUAUUAGAAAAAAAGAAAUAAUAAGAAUUAUUAGAGAAAAAAAAAUAAUAACAUGAUAUGUUAAAGAAAUAGCAUGAAAUUAUGAGAGUAUUAUGUGUUAAUUUUAGAAUAGGAUAAAUUUAUUAAAUAAGUACAAGAAGAAAAAAUAGAAGGCGAAUUAAUGAAAGCUAAAGUAUAGGCAGAUUUGGAAGAAGAACAAAGGAUUGCUAAAUAAAAGAAAGAUAAAAUCAUGGAAAAUUAAUAAUUAUUAAUUUAGGGAAAUGAAAUUUUGAAAAAACAAAGAGAAUUUGAAAAAUAAAAAUUAUUAGAAGAAGAAAAAAAAAUUGAAGAACAUGCUAAAAAGAAAGAAAGAGUUUUAGAAAUUAGAAAAAUUAGAGAUGAAUAAAGAAAAGCAGAAAAAUAAGCAUAAAGAUAAAAAUUAAUUGAUGCUUAAACUGAAAAAUUAAAAAAAUAAAAAGAAGAAUAAGAAAAAUUAUUAAAUAAAAAUAUAAUAGAAGCUGAAAUUAAAGCAGAAGAAGUUGAAAAAAUGAAAAAAGAGUAGAGACGUAAAUUAUAAAGUGCAAUAAGUUAUAGUCAUAAAGUUAAAAUGGAAGUUAAAUAAUAAUAAGAAGAAGAAGAAAAAAGAUUAAAUUAGGAAUUCUAAUAAUAUUGGAUUAAUAGAAAUAAAGAAUUACAAGAAUAAGAAUUAAGAGAAAAAAUGGAAAUUAAAAAAAAAAAUUAAGAAUUAAAAGAUUUUCAUCAUUAAUAAGAAAAUGAAAGAAAUCAAAAAAGAACUUAAGAAAUUAUGAAAAAUUUCGAUGAAAGAGAUAAAUGUUUAGCAAGACUAGAUAAUCAAGAUAAAGAAUUUGAUGAAUGGGCAGCCCAAAUUGUUAAGAGAUAUUAAGCAGAAGGCAAAAAUACAGAUAUUUUAAUGAAAGAACUUAAGUAAUUCAAACAUAAGUGA